AUGCCGACCAUUCACUCACUGACGAUGCUACUAAAGAAGCCUUGGAUGGCAUUGACUCCAAGCUCAUUAGCCUUGCUUGGAGGAUUUGUUGGUGAGAGUGAGAGUGUUAAGAAAGCCGUUAUAUAUGCCAUUAUCGCUGUAAUUAACAGUAAUGAAGAGCUUAAAAAUGAUUACUCUUCUCUUGUUACUAACCUUUCUGAGUCUGUCAACUCUGCUGGCCAGGCUGAUGACACCGGUGAAAUUGGUCAACUUAAGCAGAAAGUUGAUGAAGAAAUUGCUAAAAUCAGUGCAGAAAUUGAGCAUCUUGAAAAGCAAAUUAAGCUUCAAAAUCCUUCUCCUCCUUCCCCCUCUCCCUCUGCUGACUCAGCCAAAUUGCGGUCCAAGUUGGAGGCUUUGGAGAAAGUGGAGAAGCUUUGUGAUUUCUAUACUAAUUUUAAUAAUCCACAAAAUGAUCCUAAAAACCUCCUUGUUAAUUUAUGUGACGGCCUUCAGACUUUCCUCGGUUUCUCCUCUGACUCCAAAGGCUACACUGGCUCUGGGAUUGUGUACUCCGACUUGGACAGGCUGUGUGACGGGCUGAUGGGAUUUUUGAGUGGUGUUCUCAGUAACAUCCAAGACCAUUUAGGGCAGCAUAAAAAUGAAAUUAGUGAAGCAAUUGACACUCUUAACAAAAAUAAACACGCCGGUAAAAAAGGUUUUAAUGAUGCGAUUGUGAAGGUGGUCGCAGGGGUGCGGGGGUAUAAUGAGAAGGUGAAGAGGUCGAAUGAAGAUAUCAAGAAUCCCAUUAGGACACUAUUAAGACAGAUCGGCGAAAAAGGUGAGUUAUAUAAAGGGCUUAACGCUUUGCAGGUUCCUGAUGCUCUUCAUCAAGCGGAAGAGGCGGCGACCAAGGCUGAGAAGCUGGUGGAGACAUACAUUCAAACGUCGAAAAAAUUUGAAACUGAACAUAAAUGCACAACUAAGCACAUUAGUGAUCUCAAUUCAAAUUGCCAAACUAAUGUAAAUCAUGCGUAUAAAAAUGUUAUGUAUGAGACUAAGCGCUUGGAGGAGUUGUCAGCUAAGGAACUCCAGGACAUGAGGGAGAUGCUGAGUCUAAUAACUUCGACGCUGGACGGUCUAAGAGACAACAUAAUUGCACAGAUUAACACACACAUAAAUGAACUCGUCAACAAUCUAAAGGGAUUGGUUCAAAACACGAUACUUAAUCCGCUUAACGACAUAAAUGAGAAGCUGAAGGAAUACAUUCAGACGCUGAGAAAAUGGAUUGAGAAGACAAAUAUUGACAUAGAUUUCACGUUGAAAAUUGUCGAAAAAAUAUUGAACGAAGUGAAUAGCACUGGAGGGGCCGACAAAUUACAAAGAUUGGAAGAAGCUAUUCAGUUGAUUGAAACGGAAUUGCAGAGCAAAGUUGCGGAGUUGGAUACAUGGAAGCAGGCAGCCGGGAGCGCUGUUAGCGCGGCGAAGGAGAAGUGUAAGACAAUUGGUGAGAUGGUUGAGACUACAGGUAACACAGAUGAUAAGAUUCAUGGGUUGGCAAAAGAUAUGCAGACUAAGGCAGAAAAGCUUAGGGUGGCGGCGAAGGAAGUUAAGGAUAAUAUUGAAGGAUGGGUAAAAAGUGCUCUAACGCAGGUGAAGGAUAUGGACGAGGCGCUGAAGAGGGAUUUGAAAAGGAUAAAGGACAAAAUCAAAGAAGAAUUCUGGAAGGAGGUUGAAAGAUUGAAAACCAAUGAGCAUAUAGACGAAUUGGAUGAAAGAGUGCGCGAAGGAUUGGGACUACUUGAAAACGGCAUAAGACUUAAGUUGAAAGAACAUGUAAAGAAUGUACUGAAAUCGAUUGAAACGCAGGUUGGGAAUAUUAACGGAAACGCUGGUCUGGAUGGAUUUGUAAAACACAUAGAGAAUCAAUAUGCAACCAGGUAUGCUGGUAAAGCUUUUGCAAGUAUAGUAGAUGGGUGGUUAGACGAUAUUUUGGGAAAAGGAAAUAACAUUGGUAUUGGUUCAGUUAAAAAGUGGAUAGAGCUGUAUGUUGACGCCAGGAAUAAUGUAGACACUGUAAAAGCGGCAUUGAAACAACAAAUAACGCUUAAGAUCAGUACAGGUGUAAUUGAUAUUGCUCAGAAGAAAAUUGAGCAAGUAAAAUCUGGCAUUAAUGAUAACGUAGCCGCCGUAAAAGACGCUUGUGAAACAUUUGCUAGCCAGCUUGAAAACAAGAUGAAGGCAGGGAAAGGAAUUAAUUUUUUUGUUAAAGAAAUCAACGAAGCUAUCGAAAAAGAUCCGUCAACUGGCACCGGAAAUGCUACAUAUAACGCCAAUCUCACGCUAUCCAUUCAUGCAACACUAAUAGCACUACUUUCCAAAGCCAAUCAAGUUGCAAAAGAACUCGGAUUGUUUGCAGAUUUGAAUGGCAUCCGUCGUGACACACCGGCUAUCAAGAAGGUCGACGAUGCGUAUAGAGCAGCAGAGACGCUCAAGAGUAAUCUCAACGUUGCAACAGCAGUAGAAGGAUCCGGCACAUAUUCUCCCAGCUCGCAAAUCACACUCUCCACAUAUAAGGUUGAUAGUCAAAUUGAGGAGCAGAUACACCAAGCGAUAAGUGAGCCGUCUAGGGAGCCACAUGUUCCGAAGUCGAAGGAUUAUACACUUGGAAAGGGUCUCAUGGACGCCUUCUACGAAGCAGACCAGAAGCUUAAACAUAUCGUCACAAAGAAACAAGGCCUCGAUUUAAAGGUUACUGAAGCACUAAACACGCAAUUGGGGAAUGAUGAUGAAAAUUCACGUCAAGAAGGCGGUCUUGUAGGUACAGAGACAAGAAUCUCCCUUCCCACUACCAACAAAAGGUUCGAAGGUUAUAACACGUACGUCGCUCAAACAAAAGAGGCACAGCUAGCUCUUGCAUCCGGGGACAUAAAUACGAUUACAGCAGCUACUGGCACUCUCCCGAACACAAUUAAGGAGAUUGAGGCGGAAGUGAAGGGUAAGUUCACCAAAGGUACACUCGCAUCAGAAAUUGAUGACCCUAACACUUUCCAAUCCCCCUUCACCCAAAUCACCGACCAACUCAACAAAAUCGCCGGGCUGGUUGACAGCGCUACAAAAACGAAAACGCUGGUGGGAGGCGGAAAGGACUCAAAGGACGGCGUUCAACAAUACUUGGACGCCAUAAAUGAUAUGCGUACGAGCGCCACUACUGUUAAUUUCACCGCGAAGGACUUGGAUAGUCACCGAAAUGUCCAAGGCCUCGAGAAGAUCAAGAACGAAAUUCAGAAGCUGAAAGACACAAAUGUUGAUGAUGUGAAAGAUAAGCUUGGAGCUCUAUGUGAGGCCAUAAGAACAUCGGCGAGAGAGGUCAAAUCCGAUUUGAAACGUCUACAAAAAAAUAACUUAACCUAUGAGCUGGAGGAAUUAAAGGAAAAUAUCUACAAGCUGCAGUUGAAGUUGCAACGUGGUCCGUUAAAAGAAGCAAAAGAUUUCAUCGACAAGCACGCGGACGUAUUCAAGAAGCAAUGUAUCGACACACUCACGAAGCAUGUCAACGAGCAAGUCAAAGAGGCAAGUGAGAAGCUCACCUACCAAGCCCGUAAGCAGUACAUUUCCUCUGUUAAAUCCAUGCUGGAAGCUUUUGUCGGCAAAGUUGAUGUCGAGCUGAAAACUGUGCUUCGAGAAAUAAAUCAUGAUGUUCACAUGAGUCACAAGAAGUUUAUGAAUUCCAUCGGAGAGACGUUUAUAAGCAAGGUUAAGGCAAUCAACGAUGUUGAUCCGAAAGACUUCGAUGCGCGAAAAUCCCCGUUGAGCAGCGCUGCGGGCAUUUUGAAUGAUGCACUGCAAUCCUUAUUAAAAGAGUUGAAGCAGCAAAAAGACUUUGCGCCAGACAUCAGGAAAAUUGAUCCCUCAACCACUGCACUUCAAACUGUGCUCGAAAAGCUUGUCAAGUCAAAGCACUUCGAUUCCGAAUUCAGAGACAAUUUAGGUGUGUUAAAAAAUGCAGUGAGCGCAUUUAAUCCUCAAGCGUAUGGUGAGGGGGAGUGCCCUCCCAUUCUCGAUGCUCUGAGGAAUGCCUUUCCGCUCUUGGCCAAGGAGCUCGACAAGACUUACGUGAAUACAUACGCCGACUUACAGUUCACCGACGAGUUGAUGGAGGGCGAAAAAACAAUAACCAAGUACGGCAAAAGAUGCGCCAAGGUGUGUGUCACCCUUCUACCCUCUUUAUACGAUUACUUUACAAAAUUGAAGGAAGUAUGUAAAUCGAGCUUGAAUACAACGGUCUGUAAAUUUUCUAAACGUAAUGAUCCUAUUAGCAUAGGCAAUUUCCUUACAACGUCCGGCUACGAUGUAGCUGAAAAUGAGGAGUCCAAGGACGGCGAGUUGAAACGUCCGUCUGUCUACUUCACCGGCCAGCACAUUUACGACAAAAUCUUCGAGACAAAGUAUCAGGGUUCAAACACUAUUCCACAUCUUAAAACGUGUCUGUCAAAUACGCGGAAGAAACUGGACAGCUUCGACAUUUUGGAUAUCCUUGAAUGCCUCAUUCAUCACAUCGACAAGUACAAUGAGGUUAGCCAUAUCGCCGCUGCCUCGUCGACAAAAAUACCGUCUAGUAUAUAUGAUAUGUUGGUAUGGUGUUCAGGCCUGCCGUACAACACCGUGUAUCCGACGAUUUUACAUGAGACAUUAGUGGACAUGCUCAGUGACCCUAACAAACAGAAGCCGGAUGUCCAUAACGGGCUCGAGUUGACUGUAGUAAAUCAACAAACACAGUACCUCGAUGCUCAUCCGAUCAAAAUAACGUAUGAUGACGUCGUGUCGGCACUUGAUCAUCUUUGCUCGAAGUCCCACGACGUUCUUACGCGCAUCGUUGGUUAUGGUGACGCAGGCUCCGUAUAUGGCAGUGACUUCUGCAACAACUCAUUCAAUUUACAUUACCCUUCGAAUGCAGCUGCUUGCUUUGACCUGCUCCUCGACAUCCUUCGUAGAUUAUUCUCAACACUCACAUUUCUGUGUCAGCUUUGUAGCCUGGAUGCGAAUCAUCACGGUUGGUCUGAUUGCCAGUAUGGUAAGGAAUUCUCAUAUGGUAACCGCGACUGCGAUCAGCAUACUGGUGAAACAGCAGACUGCCCUCCCGGGUCACCACUAAUGUUGUACCUUACUGACGGCCUACGCGGUUACCUACCUCACCAGAUUAGCAACGUUGGUUGCAAGCCUAAAUGUAACACGUGCCCCAAGUCAACUCCCGGUAUGCCUUGCCUAACCCCCCUCGGAUUCAGAGGCUUUUCGGGAAGUACGAAGAAGGGUCGGAGCAUCUGUGAUAUGAUUCGAGAAUUCAUAAGUCACGAUUAUCUUGCGGCCUUGUUAUGUAUGUUGCCGAAAGCACCGUCGACGUUGCCUGAGCAUUAUAGUUUUGUGUUGUCCUUAUCGAACGGCAUUAGCGUUCCCAAAUCGAAAAAACACGAUGGCACCGUUACACUGAACGAAGCGUUGGAAUCGUCAAUCGACAGCAUUUCCAUGAGCCUCUACACACAACCAAACCAUUUCACCGAUACUCUUCGUAAGGCGUACGGUGACGGAAAGGCGAAUCACACGUGGCCGCAUCCUGCCGCCAGCAAUGCUGACUUGGCAAGCCUUUCAAUGAAACAGUCGUGUAUGCUUCCCAAAAAAGAACGUAUUCACUGCGCCCCGUAUCUCCUAUCGCUCUCCUCCAACACAUACAAAUACCUCCCCCAAAGGCAUGUCGACCAUUACCUCUCCUGCGCCGUAUACCUGCCGUGGUCACUUUAUGAAUAUCUGCAAAAUCUGCUUCAAGCAUUCGAAAAUAUAUCGUGCCGAGAUUGGGGUUGCUCACACUGUAUGCACAGCGACAAAUGUAGGAAAGGCAAGCAUGGUGCCGACUACGGCUGUAGAUGCUGGAGCGCUGUGAAGUGCCGCGGAGUAUUGGGAGUUUUCUACACUUUUGGGUUCGUAUUUAAAGACGCAGAAAAAUUGUUAGAUGAAAACGAACAAAGAUAUUGCCACGACUUUUACAAUCAAUUAAGUAACGUCCUGAAAUCGCAAUAUUUCCAAGACCUGUUUAAGGAAUGUGACAACUUCCUAUACCAAAUCCGUUUCCCCUUCAUGACACUAACCCUCGCCCUCUGGCUCCUCUCUUUAUUGUACCUCAUCCACAUCAUGGUCAUCCGCCUAGACCUGCUCCACAUCAAAUCGCAUCUACGCUCACCAUCAUCUCAUCGUAUCGCUGCUCAAUCACUACUCGCUGCGGCACGCGUUAACAAACUGGGCAGGGUGUUUUACCUGCAACCGUAA